AGAAGACGGUGAAAGGGAACUAAGCGAAGGACUUCUCUAGUGAGAUUUACGCUGGAAAGAAAGGUCAUAUUUUUCUUACAUCGUAGGCGUUAAGUGUUGUUUUUUUUUUCGAGGAGACACGCGUGUGAUCUCCCUCGGCGAAAAAUCCUUAGUCGAAUAGAUAGAAUUAGUUCAGGGCCAAUGACUGAAAAACUUGAUUCUUCUUCGUCCGCCCCGGUGGACGGUUGUCGGAGGAAUAUGGAGCAAUACGGGAGCGAUGGAGAUGAUGAACGGACAAGUGGACAGAGUGGAGGCGAAGCAGGUGAUGUGGAGUCUUCUACAGACAAGAAUGAUGUUCAAACUAGUGAAAUUGGCGCACUUGCCACAACAACCACUCAAUCGGUCUCUGACUGGAAACCUUUGCCCAUUCGCAAGAAACACCGCCGCGGGUCGAGGCGAAAUAAUAACAAACCUGGUAAGAGAUAUGUACCCUAUUCAAAACUUUCCUGGGAAGAGAAAAAACAGAGAGACGAGAGAGACACCAAGAGAGCAUUUAAAUUUCGAGAACAGUAUAUUAACGCUAAAGGGCGUCCGACUGCUCCUUACAAUACCACACAGUACUUAAUGGCUGAACACGAUCUUGAAGAACCAGAUUUAGGAACACACGUUCAUAUGCAGUCCGAUGGUGAGGAGGGAACUCCUUUGCGGAAAAGGGCUCCGUCUAACUCGUGUGACGAUUCAGAUUUCGACGACGAUUAUAACGAAUCGCCCGAAGACGAAAUGUACGAACAGAAGUUCUUUGAGAAAGAUUUUACGGAGGCAUACGAGCAAGUUCAUAUUGAAAACUUGCAUUCAAUGAGCAAAAGCGAACUUGUGCGUGAAUUUAUGCUUCUAGAAGAACGCAUAGAAACCAUGGAAAUUAAACUUAAAGAAGCGGGUGGUAUGGGAAGUGCAAUUGCGAGACACACUUCGACGGAAGAACUUUCAGGGGCUUUAAACUGCGAUAACAGUUUGGACGCGGGUACGGAAGACUCUAAACCCAGAGACAAUAUAUUGCUGGCUGAAUUGAAUAGAUUGCGCCAGGAAAAUGAGCGCUUGCAUACAGAAAACGAAGAAAUGAGGAGAAUUUACGGUAACUCUACCGAGGCUAAAGUGUUGUGACGUUUUCGUGCAGUCAUCUGCUGAAGACGCUGUAGUUGAUUUAAAGUUUCAAAUUGUGCGCUACGAGGAAUUCUGUGAGUGGUCAAAAAUGUACAUUCGAAGGAAAGAAUCACUGUAAAACUCAAAAUGUAACGUAGGGACUCUCAGAAUUUCAAUCAUAAAGCGCGGUAAAGUUUUGUUAAUAUAUAAACUAAACGUUUAGUUUUAAAAUAAAAUAUUGGUGUGUAGUGAUUCCGGAAGGUAUCAAUCGUGUAUUUUUUGUCGGUCUUUGUUUACGUUGAAAACGCGCUCGAUAUCAUCAUUCUCACUGACUCCAUUGAGACAAGACCUUUACAAAGUAAUGUAUUAUUCACAAGAAACGGGAGCGAAAAUAAAAAAUAACGAAUGAUUAGUGAAAA